AUGCCUCCACAACUACUACCAUCAUCCGCCGCCGCAUUCUCAGCUCGCGCUGCCCCCAAUAUCGUCUUGAAUACAAAGGUUGAUCCUUUUCUCACGAGUACGCUGAAAAGAGUUGCACGAAAGCGCCCGUUGAACAGCGUCGCUCAACAUUUCCGAUGCCUGACAGAGCUUCUCUCUUCUCCCUCCGCAAUAUGGACACUAUGCACCCUCUUCCUACAGCGCGCUCCCUCAGAUGAGCUUGUCAAGGACGACAACCCGUUAGUCGAAGCCGUUUUCAACUUCCAAAUGGUCUCGAUCGAAGCCUACGUCGUACAUGUCGACAUGGUCUCACAGAACGAGGUUGCAUUCAAACUCACAUCGGAGACGAUAGAGUCUCUAAUCGAGUACCACAAGGACAUUCAUACAGUCGACGCCAAGAACGACACCAUCAACUGGUCAGAAAAGGAUACCCAGGUGAAGAAGUUGCAUGAAGACUUCGUACAAGCCAUCAACAAAUUCGUUUAUCGCACCAACUCUAUGGUCUUGGAUGGGUUAGAAGAAGAUGGUGCCGGUGAGCUUCUUUGUGGAAGAGCAGAUGAGGUCAAGACCGCCAUCAUGGGGCUGUUCCUGCCCCUCCUCCCACCUCCGCCACGACCCGUCGAUGUUGUCCGACCAACGCCUGUACUACCAAGCUCUACUGGCUCCGAGAAUUGGUGGCAACCCACUCUCCCCUCCAACUACUCAAAUGCACAAGACACAUGGAAAUAUGCUCCUUCAGAGCCCGUAUACACCUCUGCGGACUCUGGAGCCGGCAUGUGGGCAUGUAUGGACAUGAGUGAUUUCCAAAUGCAACCUGAUAUGAUCGCUGAAAUGUCACCAACAUCGACGCUCAGUGAUCCUUUCUCGUCCGAAUCACCAAGUCCUACACAAUUCUACAGCCUGCCGGUCACCACAACAGCCAUGUCAUCAAUGCCGAUGCCCAGUACUUUGAUGCAGCAGACAUGUGGGCCAAACACCGGCUUUGAUGGCUUUGGUGGAUUUGAUUGGGAGCAAUACUCGAAUUUUGCUCCUCUUCAGGAGCGCAGCGCUGCGAGAGGUCUUGUGGCUUUGCCCGCUCUCAGUAUGCCACGCACACCUGUCGAUCCCAUCGAUCCGGAACUGGAUUUCGGCUGGAUUUACACGAGGGACGACGGCAACAUAGCUCAUAAAUACACAGCAUCCGGCAUGCUUAAUCACAUCGGCUCUCAGGACUAUUACUGA